AUGCUCAGCACUUCUAGCGCUCGCUCAUUCUCUGCUCUUGACUUAGGUGUCACAAAGGUUGCCGAUGAUGUUCUCUGGAUCGGUGUCAAUGACUGGGAUCUUCGUGAAUUCCACUCAAUGCAAUCCCCAGUUGGCACAUCUUACAACUCUUACUUAAUUCAAUCAUCUGAGCCAACAAUUGUUGAUGCAGUUAAAUACACAAUGGCCCAUGCAUGGAUUGAUCGCCUUAAAUCAAUCGGUGGUGAUGAUCUUAAGGGCAUCAAGAGAAUCAUCGUUCAGCACGCUGAACCAGAUCACUCCUCUGGCACAGCCAUGCUUGUCAAGGAAGCCCCACACAUUGAGGUUGUUAUGACAAAGCAAUGCUACAACACAAUGGCCAGAUUCUACGAUGUUUCCAAGUGGAACGUUAAGAUUGUCAAGCUUGGCGAAAAGAUCAACCUUGGUGAUCGCGUUGCCGUCAUGGCUGGCGUUCCAAUGGCUCACUGGCCAGAGUCAGCUGUUACAUAUCUUCCAGCUCAGAAGAUUCUCUUCUCAUCCGACUGCUUCGGCCAGCACAUCGCUUCCAACAAGCGUUUCGUCGAUGAAGUCGAUCAGGGCCUCUUCCUCACAGAAAUCAAGUCAUACUACGCUAACAUUCUUCAGCGCCUUGGCAAGCCAGUUCUUAAGGCUCUUGCUACAGCCUCCAAGCUCCCAGGACUUGACAUUGUCCUCCCAGCUCACGGUGUUGGCUUCCGCCGCAAGGAAGAUCUCGAGCAGGCCAUCAAGCUCUACACACAAUGGGCCACAUACAAGCCAAAUCCAAAGGUUUCCGUCAUCUAUGACUGCAACUGGUACGGCACUGAGAAGAUGGCCGAGGCCGUCGCUUCUGGUAUUUGCAAGGAGAAGCUUGAGUGCAUCAUGAUGAACGCCCGUAAGACACACAUCACACGCUCUGCUACAGAAGUUAUGGAUUCUGCUGCUGUCGCAUUUGGCUCAUCCACACUUCACGAAUGCAUCCUUCCAGAUAUCGCUAUGCACCUUAACUACCUCCGCUGCCUUGGCAUCCAUGAUAAGCCAGUAGGUCUCUUCGGCACAUUCGGCUGGCAGGAGAAGAUCGUUCCAAACGAGCUCCGCAACGCCAUCGUCAAGCCAUGCAAGAUCCCAGAAGUCGCUGAACCAGUCAUGGCUCACUGGAAUCCAAAGGAAGCUGACCUUGCCAAGUGCGAGGAAUUAGGCAGAAAGCUCGCUCUUGCUGCCAUCGAGAAGUGCAAGUAA